GCGUUGCCGCCUUCCUGUCUGUGUCGGUGUCUACAGACACAGACAUGGCUGCUCUCAGUAAACUACCGCACAACUGCUACGAGAUCGGUCACACUUGGAACCCGUCGUGUGUGCAGUCUGCUGCGGAUGUAACCCGGAGUGCUCUGGAGGUGUCCUUCAAAAUAUACGCUCCUCUGUACCUGAUAGCAGCAGUUCUAAGGAGAAGGAAGAAGGAUUACUAUAUGAAAAGGCUUCUCCCAGAGAUUCUAUGGUCUACCUCUUUCCUCACCGCCAAUGGAGGUCUCUACAUUGUUUUUUUCUGCAUUCUCAGGAAGCUGUUGGGAGGAUUCUACUCCUGGUCUGCUGGGUUUGGCUCAGCACUGCCUGCCUCCUAUAUUGCUAUCCUCCUGGAGCGCAAGAGCAGGAGAGGACUGCUGACAAUAUACAUGGCCAAUCUUGCCACUGAGACUUUGUUCCGCAUGGCAGUGACACGAGGUAUCAUCAGACCCAUCAAACAUGGCGAGGUGCUCUUGUUCUGCAUAACUGCAUCACUCUAUAUGUUCUUCUUCAGGAGUAAAGAUGGUCUCAAAGGCUUUGCAUUCUCUGCAUUAAAGUUUAUCAUUGGGAAAGAAGAGAUUCCAACUCACUCUAUUACAGCAGAUCAUACCUCCUCAAGGCCACUUGAGAGGACACCUGCUAUAGAGGGCGAGGAUUUACAGGCGUCAGCAGAAAGGCCCAGUUCUAGGAGGAAAACUCUGGUAGCCUAUGCCAGGGAACUACUGGAAUCAAUAUGCAGACGUGGUCCAAGACACAGAUGUUGUAAACAUUGCCAAGACAACUGCAUUUCCUACUGUAUUAAAGGUUUUGUCAGGAUGUUCAGCGUUGGCUAUCUGAUUCAGUGUUGUCUUAAAGUGCCCUCAGCAUUCAGACAGAUGUUCUCUAAACCCUCACGGCUCCCUUCCCUCUUCUACAACAAAGAAAACUUCCAGCUUGGGGCCUUUCUAGGCUCUUUCGUCAGUAUCUAUAAGGGAACAAGCUGCUUGUUGCGCUGGGUGCGUAACAUUGAUGAUGAACUCCAUGCACUGAUCGCUGGCUUCCUGGCUGGUAUCUCAAUGUUCUUCUACAAAAGCACAACAAUAUCCAUGUAUCUCUUCUCUAAGCUGGUGGAGACCAUGUACUUCAAGGGCAUUGAGGCUGGACAGUUCCCUUACUUUCCUCACGCAGACACAAUCAUAUAUGCCAUCUCCACUGCCAUCUGUUUCCAAGCUGCAGUGAUGGAAGUGCAGAACCUCAGGCCUACAUACUGGAAGUUCCUGCUGCGUUUAACUAAGGGGAGGUUUGCUCUGAUGAACCGACAGUUGCUAGAUGUGUUCGGGACUCAGGCCUCUAGGGACUUUAAGGGCUUCGUGCCCAAACUGGACCCUCGUUUCGCCACAGUGGCUAGCCGAACAGUGCUUCUACCAGGAAGCGACAUCCAGCUCGGAUGACGUGGGCCUAGACUCUUGGAAGGGCUUUAGGGUUACCUCAACAGGAACGGGACAGCCUGGCUGGUCUUUCUCACUAACUUGAGAAUUUUUUAAAGGUUUAAUAGAAGUGCUGAUAGGUGGUGGUGUUGUGUUACGAGGCAGGAUGUGCUUUGAAAAGAUGCAAAAGCCUAAUAUCUGUUGAAAGCACGGCCGUCAAGAGUGUAAAUGUGGAUCGAUCUGCACAAUCACACCUAAUCACGAUGACUGAACACUUACAGGUAACUGGUAAAAAAAAGCUGAAUAAUUGUAUUCAGAAUUUCGUUCAAAUUGACAAUUAUCAAAGUCCCAAUGGAAGCUCUUAAUAGAGAGAGAAAUUCUAUUAAUGCAAGAUAUCUGAAUGAACAACAGAAAUCUUUUUUGUAAUUUUUUGAAGCUGUCAAUUUGCAUUUGGCAGGCUAAUAUGGUAGCAGUUGGGUCAGUUCAUUCAAUAGCAAAAAUACUAUUUUUUUUUUUUUAAAUAAUGACCUGGCUGAUGAUACAAACACAUUCCUUGGGUCCUCUUAUCAUACUUUUUGCUGAUAUUACAAGUUACCUGUCAGUUUGUUCUGACUGAACCCAUUUUUGUUUUUUUGAAUGGUUGCAUUCACACCGGAGGGUGAAACUCACUAAUCUUUUUGAAAUAUCCACAGUGAGAUUUGAUUUCUGUCUGUGAUUUAGGAGUGUAAAAUUAUUACUUGCUGAUUUUUUACAUCAGUGCUGGCUAGAGAUGGUAUAUAUAGUUAUGUAGCCUUAUCAAAUAUUUUGUCCAUCGUAGCAUUGGGAGAUGUAUUCAUGAUUAUGUCAGAAUCAAUGGACGGUUUUACCAACACUACACAGUAUAUGCAUCAGUAAAAUCAUUCAAAUUUAUAGAUGCUUUAUGGGAUAAAAGGACAAUGCAAUGUUGGAAGUUAUUUGUGAACAAAAAGAUUUGAUAAUAUAUCUAACUUUAAUUUACUUUUAUCAGUCAUUUCACCUUGAAAACACGUAAUUUGACAAUAAACUGUCAUGAGACUAUUUUCUAUAUGGGUGCAAAACAAACCAAGUUUUUGGUGGAGUCAUUUAAGGUGGAAAAUCCACACACAACAUGCAGAGCACUAAUGUGAUCACUUUAAAACUUGCCUGUACAAUUUGCAUAUCGCCAGCAAUCAUGUGUAAGAGAGGUUGGUCUUUUCCAAAUAUAUUUAAUGUUACUGCUAUGUAAACAUUAUGCAGUUGUACGUUACAGUCUGAAGGAAUUGUUUGAUUUGAACUUUGAGGGUGAAGAAGCCCUGGGAGGGAACAGAUUUUCUAUACUGUUUGCAUAUGUGUGAAUGUCACUAAUGGCCUGCUUGUAAGUGCAGGCUGACUCAUUUAGAGCCUUUUAUUUUGGUUGCAGAUUUAGUCGGAUUUUGGAUUUAAAUAGUUUGGUCAAAGGAAUGUACAGCCACAAGCAGACCCAAAGACAGUUCAGAUUGAAUAUGAGGUUGUCUUGCCUAAACUCUUGAAAUAUAAAAAGUGAUGUUUGCCGGUGGCAUUUAAUCAACACUUACUGGAAAUUCCUAGAAGCCUCUCCCUUCAGAUCCACACUGAUUGAAUCAAUGUUUACAGAAGAAUUCGGUGACACAUUGAUGCAUUUGCUUGCAGCUACUGUGUUCUGUGUUUACACACAGCUCAAUCUGCUUGUGGUUGUAAAUGUUCUUGGUGAGAGAUAAGGAUGUUUGACAAAAAACUGACCUGUGUUUUAAAUCUUCCAAGUUUUCUGAGACGUUUGAAUUACGUAUUUGACAUAAAAUUUCACAGUGGUUCUAUGUAUGAAGGAGACAGUGGCUACUUCUGUGCUUCAUGUAAAAUUUCCGUGUUCAACACAAAUUGUACCAAUGCAUUGUCUGUUUUUUCAAGUGGAUCAUUCAUGACAAUUUCAUUCAAGAUGUAAAAUAAUAGAUAUAUAAGGCUGUUAAAUCGAUAAAUACUUCUGAACUGCAGUUAUUUUUGUUUUAUUUUAAUUUUUGAAUUCAGUCCUUCAACCCAGCUUUAGACACACCUGACCUCUAUAACAGAAGCCAUGAUUGUGAAAAAUGCAGUGCAAAAAUGUAUGUUUAAAGCAGAGGUGUCUAAAAAAAUUAUAAUAUAGUCACUAAAUCUAUCAUAGAAUUAUAAUCUAACCAUUUGAAAUGUUUUUGAUUAUUGUUAAAAGGAUGUACAUUAAAAUGUUUUUGAAUCCAAA